GCCUUUCUUGUUGGGAAAGAUUUUGGAGCUUUGCCUGCAUACCUAGUAGCUGCUCUCCACCCAGAGCGGGUAUCCGGCGUCAUAACCCUAGGUAUUCCUUUCAUCCAACCAGGCCCCUCUGCUGUCCAAAAUCAUCUCCUCCCUGAAGGCUUCUACAUAUCAAGGUGGCAGGAGCCGGUGGGGCGCGCAGAAGCAGAUUUCAGCCGCUUUGAUGUUAAGACGGUGAUAAGGAACAUCUACAUUCUGUUCUCUAGAAGUGAGAUUCCAAUAGCUGCUGCUGAUCAAGAAAUCAUGGAUUUGUUUGACCCUGCAACUCCUCUACCACCAUGGUUUUCUGAGGAAGAUCUCUCAGUCUAUGCAUCUUUGUAUGAGAAAUCUGGAUUCCGUUAUCCUUUGCGAGUUCCUUACAGAACUUUGGCAGUAGAUUGCGGUUUAACUGAUCCAAAAGUCUCAGCUCCAUCACUGCUUAUCGUGGGUGAGAAGGACUACGUCUUAAAAUUUCCGGGGAUCGAAGACUACAUACGGACUGGGGCGGUGAAGCAUUUCGUGCCUGAUCUGGAAAUUAGAUAUAUGGCAGAAGGAAAUCAUUUUGUGCAUGAACAGUUUCCAGAGCAAGUCAAUCAGCUAAUCAUCUCCUUCCUUGACAAACAUGGCAUCUGAUGUAGAUGCGCAAUGUGUAAGGGAAUAAAUAAUCCAUGAGAGAAACAAUAUGUACUGUUUAACUGGCUGGGUGUUGCAUUACAUAUUUGCCCCACAAAUUUGAUGUGCUUAACUAUUUUGCUAUAAUAAAUUACAUGACGUAUGCUUUUCA